AUGUAUGCCGAGCAUCUCGAUGGGUCGACACCGUUGACUAACGGCGGCUGUGGCCAGGUUGUUGUUGGAGGUACCGUUGCCUACGUGCCCCAGAUACCUUGGAUUCAAAACGCAACCGUACGGGAGAACGUCAUCUUCGGCCAACCCGACAACGAAACGAGGUUUCAAGAGAUGAUCAAGGCCUGUAGCUUGACACAUGACCUGGCAGUGCUCCCUCAUAGAGAAUUGACCGAGAUCGGGGAGAAAGGAAUUAACCUGAGUGGAGGACAGAAGGCCCGUAUAUCGCUCGCCCGAGCGGCCUAUUCUCAAUCGGAUAUUGUCUUGCUUGAUGAUCCGCUAUCUGCAGUGGACGCCCAUGUCGGAAAUUCAAUCCUUGAGAACUGCAUUUUGAAGGGCCCGCUUGCCGAACGAACCCGUAUCCUCGUCACUCACUCGCUUCAAGUCUUGGACAAACUAGACUACAUCUACGUGCUAGAUAACGGAACCGUAAUUGAGCAGGGGACAUAUACGGAACUUGUUGCUAAUGGGCCGGUUUUCUCGCGACUGGUCGAAGAAUAUGGACAGAAAUCCGCAUUCACUUCCACAGGUUCGAACUUGAACGAACGAGCGGAAUUGACUUCAGUUCAAAUCAAGGACGACCUUCCCGAAGUAGCCAAGGAGGCGCUCAUGCAAGCAGAAGAACGAAACAUUGGCGCUGUCAGCUGGGAUGUCUACAAGCGAUACCUAUGGUAUGCUGGAGGGAUGAUUUGGCUAUUCAUUUUGUUAUCCAUCUUGAUUUUAAAUCAAGCUGCUGCGGUUGGAGACAAUUUAUGGCUCGGGUUCUGGACGUCCCUGGAGUUCCCUAGCCUCAGUCAAGGGGACUAUAUGGCGGUAUAUGCUGCAUUCGGUGCCGCCCAAGCGAUUUUGACCUUCUGUCUCAGCUUUGCCUUCGCGUUGAUCUCGCUGCGAGCAGGACUGAAGCUUUUCAAGGCUGCGUUAAGGGCCAUCCUGCGCUCACCACUCUCGUUCUUUGACACUACUCCUAUGGGCCGCAUCGUUUCCAGGUUGUCGAAGGACCAGAAUAUCCUUGAUAACGAGCUGUCACCUACGAUGUACAGUUUCUUCCUCAUCUUUGCAAGUAUGUUCGGAGUGGUAGGGCUGGUUUUCUACACCUUCCCCUACCUCGGGAUCAGCUUCGCUCCAAUCGGGGUGUUCUACUAUGUCAUGUUCUCCUAUUAUCGUCGCACCUCCAUUGAAACGAAACGCCUCGAAGCGAUACUCCGAUCCACCUUGUAUGCUGCUAUUUCGGAGUCGUUAACUGGGUUGUCGACAAUCCGUGCCUACGCUAUGGGAGAAACGGCCACUCGAAGGGUGGACCACGGCAACGACCUUCAAAACAGAGCCUACUACAUGACCAUCUCUACUCAACGAUGGCUGGCAAUUCGGUUGGACGUCUUUGCCAAUCUUCUCGUCCUUGGUAUCGGCCUGUUUGGUUCUGGAUUCCGGAAGACUGUGAAUCCUGCUAUGGUUGGAGUCGUUCUUUCCAACACGUUGGCGCUGACCACUAUCUUCGCGGAGAUGGUUUCCCAGUUUGCUCAAAACGAGCAGAACAUGAAUUCGGCUGAACGCCUUAUGCAUUACGCUGACCUCCCUCCGGAGGCUGCUUUGACAACCGAGAACGACCCACCGACUUCGUGGCCGCAGAACGGGGAAAUCAAGUUCGAAAAGGUGCAGAUGGCUUACAGGGAGGGACUUCCUUUAGUCUUAAAGGACGUCUCCUUGAAAGUGAAUCCACAAGAAAAGGUCGGGGUAGUGGGUCGUACAGGUGCCGGCAAGAGCUCGCUUCUACAUGCCUUGUUCAGAACUGUAGAGCUCUCUGGAGGCAAAAUUGAGAUCGACGGCGUCGACAUCAGCACCAUUGGCUUGGAAACUCUGCGAACGCGCUUGGCUCUCGUCCCUCAGGAUUGUACGCUAUUCUUGGGAACAUUGCGUGAAAACCUGGAUCCCCACGGUCAACGGACUGAUGCAGAGCUCAUCUCAGUCCUUCAACGAGCGUCGCUACUCCCUCCGGACGGUGUUUCAGAUCCUGUCGCUGAAGCCAAAUUCAGUCUAGAUGCUGUUGUCGGGAACGAAGGAUCCAACAUGAGCGCAGGUGAAAAGCAACUAAUUGCACUCUGUAGGGCUCUCGUCCGAAAUAGCCGUAUCAUCAUUCUGGACGAAGCAACGAGCAGUGUGGACGUCGAAACCGAUUCCAAGCUGCAACAGACGAUUCAGAGGGAGUUUGCCUCCUCGACCCUCCUCUGCAUUGCACACAGGCUGAACACGAUCGGUAUGAUGUCGUUCUUCACUCCUGGAUUUGGUUACCUGAUAACCCGAACAAACUCAGCCUACUACGACCGCAUCCUUGUCAUGGACGAAGGCAGGGUUGCCGAGUUCGACACUGUCCUGAACCUCUAUGACAAGGAAGGUUCUAUCUUCCGAGCGCUUUGCGAUGAAGCCAACCUUUCCAGGGCGGAUAUCCUCAAAAUUCGGGGGGAACACGAGGAUAUGAAAUCUGAAUCGCGUUAG